UUUCAGAAAUUGAACGAUUGAAAUGCAUUUUUGGAUCGACAAACGCUCUCAGCAAUGCGGUUUCGGCAGGUCUCGUGUGGCAGCUUCGCUCACAGGUGCCGGUGGAUCUGGUGUAGGUCUGAGUUUUGGACAUCCACCGCGACGUAUAAGUAGCGGAAGUGGCAGCAAAGCGAGUAGCAGAAGCACACUACCAGACUGUCAUCACAGCAAUGCGGCAAGCAGCAGCGGCAGCCGAAGUCAUCAGUAUCAACAUCAGCAUCAACAACUACAACAUCAGCAGCAGCAAUUGCAGCAUGCUAGUAACAAUAACAAUUUAAAUGGUGGCAACAAUUAUCAACAAUCACAUACGCACAGUAGCAACAAUAGCAAUUAUACAAGUAACAGCAACACCGCCAAUAUCACCGCCAACGCCUCCGUUACUGGCGCUACAAUACAAUCUACCACCUCCGUGACGCUCAACAACAAUCCCCACCAGUACGCUUAUCAGCAGACGCAUCACCACAGCAGCAGCUCAAUGCAGAGUCCCCAUGCGCCCGGCGGCAAUAGCAAUAUUGUGAACAACAACAAUGCCACCACUUCUACGUCCACGGCAACAGCAGCAGACGUGCGCUGUAUUGCGCCCGCAACGCAUAACUUUAAUCAACGCGGUGCUGCAUUAUUGCAAAACAAUGUUGGCGCGCAGAGUGCGCCGCUCUACCAGCAACAGGCCAGUCAAUGCUACGAUAUGCGCAGCUACCACCAUCCUCAGUUUGGGAAUAUGUCGGUGCGGCACUACCAAUAUCCCGGCAGGAAUUGCAAUGGCCCUACGCACGCCAAUGCAACCUCCGCCGCCGCACACUCAUAUCGCAGUGGUAUUGGCAGUAAUAGUGGCACAAGAACAAUUGUCGGUGCUGCAACUGCUGCUCCUUCAAUGUCCAAUAUGCAGCACAUGGACCAAAUGGUAUAUCGACAACAACACGGUUACAGUCACGCUGCAUCAACUUCUGCUCAGUCGAAUGAGUCGAUCAUGGGCGGUUCUGCGCCCAUUUCCACCAACACUACGAAUACUGCAAGUUACGCAGUUGCCAAUACAGCGCAUCGCUAUAGCUCUGCCGCCAUCAAUAUGCGCACCAGUAACAUGACCGUGGAUACAGGCGGUGGUGAUGCUCAACUACUACCCUCGCAUCUCAAGUGUGGUAUGUGCGCUUCUUUGGUGCUGGCUUCCGUUUUUGUGGCGGGCGCAAAAUUUUAUUUCGAUCAUCAGGGUACUGGCUUGGAGGUAUUAAUAUUUUGCGCUUUUUCCGCUACCUUCUUCUUGGCAGCUUGCACAGUUUCACUCUGUCGGGUACCGAAAGGGCUGCUACCGAGUGGCCGCAAUGCUGUGCUGGGCGCUCAACAUCACGCGGAUGGCGAUAGUGGUAUGAAUUGCGCACGCGCUCCAUAUGGUAGACGCGAUAUGAUGAGCAGUGAUGGUAGUGGUGGUGGUGGUGAACUAGUUGGCUCGGAUGAUAUACAUGGCGCGCCAUUGUGCGGUCAGCUGCAAUUGAUUGAGGACUCGGCAAGUGCUGGACCACCACCAUAUCAUAUAGCAAUCUACUUUCCGGAGACAGAGAAUAGUGGCAAGCGAAAAGAGGUUCCAAUCGAUGAUGAAUCACCGCCGCCGUCCUACGAUAAAAUACUUAUCUAAAUUUAAAGAGUAGGUUAAAGAAGAGAGAUGCGUGUGAGUACGGCGAAAGCAAUCCAACAUGCCAGCGGCAUGAAUAAAAUCUCAUCUUCAUUAUCUUUCAUGUGCAGCGUUAAGGUACAUCUUCGCACGACACGUCUUCCUCGUAAGGGAUUUUAUGCUCAUAAUACUCAUAUAAAUAGGUGUUCAUAUGAUCUUAAAUUUUACUAAAACCGAUCACGCUUCCAUCUUAUCAAAAAUUUCUGUGAAAUUUCUUUUUCUUCAAUAUGGUAACACACUUUUCAAAAAUUUUUGUGUAUCCUUGCAAAGCAACUUGUAGCCUCGAGAGCCACCUGUCAUUUUCGGAGAAUGCUGCUGAAGUGAUAAAUCCGGUACGUUCCACUAGGAGGAACCGCCUGCCGCCUAAACCGUUAAUUUUUUUGCUAUGGUAAUGACACAAACAUUCCUCAUAUAUGGAACAUUCUUCAUUAUUUUGAUUCCAUUGAAAGAAAUGUUAAGGCUUUUUUACAGACCAUUCAAACUUAAAUACUUCUAUCAUCUGAGGUAAUUUUUUUCAACAUAUCGCACCCUAAAUACAAAAGGGGCACAACUCAAAAUUUUCCACACUCGAGCUUGACUUGUUUACAGUAGCACAGAAAACAAACUAUGUGACAUAUCACGCUGAAAUUUGCCGUGUAAGCUUAUAACAGUCCUACCAAAAAACAAAAAAUUUAUUUUUGCCAUAUGUCAUCCGCGGACCGUUUUAUUGAUAACGUCUCGUUCAUAUUUGAGCAGAAGUACAUUUUGAGUUGUGACUCUUUUGUAUUUAGGGUGCGAUAUAUUUUUAAAAACUAAUAUACAUAUGUAUAUAUAUAUAUAUGUAUAUAAUUGGCACGUACACCCUUUAUGGGUGUGUUUGGUCGAGCUCCUCCUCCUAUUUGCGGGUGCGUCUUGAUGUUGUUCCACAAAUGGAGGGACCUAGAGUUUCAAACCGACUCCGAACGGCAGAUAUUUUUAUGAGGAGCUUUUUCAUGGCAGAAAUACACUCGGAGGUUUGCCAUUGCCUGCCGAGAGGCGACCGCUAUUAGAAAAAUGUUUUUCUUAAUUUUGGUGUUUCACCGAGAUACGAACCUACUUUCUCUCUGUGAAUUCCGAAUGGUAGACACGCACCAAUCCAUUCGGCUACGGCGGCCGCCGUAUAGUAUUUUAAAAAAUAGUAUUUGAAAAAAAAUAGAUUUUUUGAGGUUUUUAAAAUCGAUCAAGCGAAAAAUACCCGGAAUAACCGCCAGUUGACGCUGUAAGUCAACUGAUUUGAGUUCUGUUUUUUGUUAGGCUUCCUAUUAGGCUGACUAUUAUUUGGGCGUUAUGAGAAAUUUUAUAAUUUAUUAUGAAUCAUAUUCUCUCUGGGAUUUUGCAAUAUGACAACGCACCGUCGCACAGUGCCAACAUUAUCUGCGAAUUUUUGACCCACAACGAAACGAAUACCAUUCAAUAACCAUCGAAUUCACCCGAUAUGGCUUCCUGUGAUUUUUUCUGCUUGAAUGAGUCAAAAAAACACUGCAGGGAACGAGUUUUAACAACCGAUAGGAAGUAAUGGAAAACGGCUCUGGUGGUUAUGCCAAAAUUAGAGUUCCAGAAAUGUUUCGAGAGCUGGAUAAGACGCUGCCAUAAGUGCGUUGCAGUUGAUAGGUAAUACAUUGAAGGCGAUAAUUGUAUUUUGAAUUUUCUGAAUAUAUUCCGGGAACUUUUUGAUAAAGGUAUUUUGGCGAAAAUCUUAAAAUAUUAUACAUAUGUAUGUAUGUAAUAUAUCUAUGGUAUGUAUUUCAUAAUUCCGGUGGGAAAACUGCUAAUUUUUUUUUUUUUAUUUUUUAUCUUUCCAAAAUUCGACAGAAUGGCUCCAAGGCUAAUGAUCCAAAGUGAAAAAAUAUCAAAUACAGUUCACUAAAAUUGCCGAUGCUCUAGUCUCUUUGCAUUCAGCGUACAUAUUAAUCCACUUGCAGGCAUUAACAUUCAUCUCAUUGCAGAUACUCAUUAACUACUUCAUUCUUCUCCAUUCCAAUUUAUCUCGAAAGCUUUAAUUCAAAAAUGCAGCCAGGCAACUGCUUCAUGUCAUAUCUCUCUACUAACCCUCUGAAAUCUAUGUAUGUAUGUAUGCUUAAUAUUUUUAUACACACUUUUUUAUUCAAACUAAACUUCUACACAAUAAUCUAUAAAUGCAUAUGUACAUGUAAAACUUAGAUGCAUACUCAUGUUGUAUACGUACUGCGUAAGUUGCUAUAUAUCACUUAUCUGAAAUAAAAAUAAUUAAAUACGUAUGUAAAGUCAUAAGUUAGUAUGUUUGUGGAAAAUAGUACUUACAUGCAUAUGCAUGAACAUACAUAGAAUAAUAUGAUACAUAUGUAGUUAUAAGCUUGAUUUAAUUCAACAAUAAUAUAAAAUCGAAUAAGGAAACCAAACAUCUUACGAACACGUACUUUUUUAUCAAUUGCAAUAUUUAUGGACGUACAUAUGUAUGUAUAAACAGUGCAUACAUAUGUACAAGUAGAAAUAAUAUGCACAAUGUGUGUCUAUGAAAUAUAAUACAUAAAAAAGCUACAUACUUCUGUAUUUUUAUGUAAUUACUAUUUGCCAAAUUUAUAAACAUUAUCAAAAAACAAGCGAGUAAAGAUAUUCUAUUAUAUUUCUAAUUCUUAAGAAAACAAAAUUUUUAAGCGUAGCUUUAAGUAAGAUAUUGGAAACAUAUACAUACAUAAUUACAUAUGUAUAUUUAAAUGAAUACUGCGAUUGGACAUUUUCUAUCAUUUGAAAAAGACCUGUCAUUUGGUUCUGUGAUACGAUAUUUACGAGUAAAACAAAAAAACAAUAACUGUACUAAUUACACACAAAUAAAAACGGAUAUAAUCAAUAUACUCAUACACUCAGUUAUAUGGUACGUACUUAUGUAUGUAUCUCUACUCUAAAUUGCAUAGUGUAACUCAUACACACAUACUUUGGUGUAUGUUUAAAUGUACUCUUCAGAUCAAAGCUGAAGCAUAACAAUAAGCAGAUCAGCGCACAGUGAAAUACAUUCAUAUACAAUUAUACCUGUACAUAUAAGUUAUACAUAGAUUUAGGAUAUUUGGCUAAUGUUUGGAGAAUGUGAAAGAAAAUUUAGGAGAUGAUACUCAAAGGCAUCAGCAUGAUAAUGCACAUACAUAUGCACGUACUGACAUGCAUUGUAUGUAUGGGUGUGAGAAACUAUUAUAUAAUAUUUUAGAAGUGUGCUAUUAAAAUGAACGAUAUCUAAAAGGAGUCAA